AUGUCAUUGAUAAUAGACGCUAGAAGUUGUGAGAACUUCAUCUCAAAGAAAGUGGUGGAACACUUCAACCUUCUUACUACGAAAGAUAGGGCUCCAUAUGUCAUUGGAUGGAUCAAGAAAGGACCAAAAGUUCGCAUCACUGAAACAUGUAAAGUGCCAAUUUCAAUUGGGAAAUUCUAUCAAGAUGAAGUUGAAUGUGAUGCGGUAGACAUGGACGCCAGCCACAUACUUCUAGGCAGACCGUGGCAGCAUGCUGUCAACACUAUCCACAAUGGAAGAGAAAACACAGUAUUGUUCAUAUGGGAAAAACACCAUAUUACUUUGAAGCCUAAGACCAAGCUUACGAAUCUGGUUUCACUAAAAGAAUCUAACUUUCUUAUUGUUGUUGAAUCUGGUGAAAAGGUGGAAGAACUUGUGAAGGAUGCAGAAGUUAUUUAUCCUUUGGUGGUCAGGGAAGUAAUGGUGGCUGAGAACAACAAAGAGGAGAAGAAAAUUCCAAAAGAAGUCCAGCAAUUACUGCAAGAUUUUGAAGAAUUAUUAGCUGAUGAUCUUCCAAAUGAACUACCUCCUAUGCAAGAUAUCCAACACCAAAUCGAUCUUGUCCCUAGAGCUAGUUUACCUAACCUCCCUCAUUAUCGGAUGAGCCCUAAGGAGAACGAGAUUCUUAAAGAGAAAAUUGAAGAGUUACUACGAAAAGGACACAUUCGAGAGCACUUGCUAAUUCUCAGAUGA